UUUUGUGCACUCUUUCAGUUUCACUUGUCAAUCGACCAGCGAGCGAACGACAUGGAAGUACAGAUUUUUCUGGUUUUUCUGGCCUGUUUGUCGCCAGUAUUGGCGACAACCAACAGUACAGUCCCACUUGUUAUGUGGCAUGGCAUGGGCGACAGUUGUUGUAAUCCACUCAGCUUGGGUCACAUCCAGACCCUGAUAGAGAAAGAGGUACCAGGCAUCUAUGUCAGGUCUCUGGAGAUAGGCGACGGCAUUGUGGAGGACACCACAAACGGCUUCCUCCUGAAUGUCAACAAGCAAGUGGAGAUGGCCUGCCAGAAGAUCAAGUCUGACCCCAAACUGGCCAACGGCUACAACUCCAUGGGCUUCUCACAAGGGGGUCAAUUUCUGAGAACAGUGGCCCAGAGAUGCCCAAGCCCUCCAAUGUUCAACCUGAUUUCAGUGGGAGGACAGCAUCAAGGUGUCUUUGGCUUCCCAAGAUGUCCUGGGGCAUCAGUUUCCCUGUGCGACUAUAUGAGGAAACUGCUGAACCUUGGUGCCUAUAUUUCAUUUGUACAAGACAACCUGGUGCAAGCGGAGUACUGGCAGGACCCACUGAACGAGGCAGAGUACAGACAGAAGAGUAUCUAUCUGGCUGACAUCAACCAGGAGAACAAAGUCAAUGAAACCUACAAGACGAACCUGCAGAAGCUGAAGAAGUUUGUGAUGGUGAUGUUUGGCAACGACACCAUGGUCCAACCCAAGGAGAGCGAGUGGUUUGGCUUUUACAAGGCUGGACAAGAUAAGGAGGUGUACACCCUGCAGGAGAGUCCACUUUACACACAGGACAAGUUGGGCCUGAAGGCAAUGGAUAAGCAAGGGAAGCUGGUAUUCCUGACGUCCCCCACCGAUCACCUGCAGUUCACUGAGACAUGGUUUGUGCAGAACCUGGUACCGUACAUCAAGUAAAUCUGUCCCCUCCCCCCCCCCCCCCCAGCAAAGACAAUCAAAUUUCAAAGAAUACUUUGGACUUUGAUUGUGAAUAAAAUUUAAACAACCUUUAAAAUUCUAUGCAAGGGAUUAAUUACAAGGGCGGAUCCGGAGAGGUCCGGAAUGGAGCCACCAUUGAAUUUGAGCAAACUUAAAAAAAAAAAAAGGUGUUAUGUCACAAAAAGGUGAAAUUGAGUUGCAUACAUGGUUGGAAAGCCCACAACGUAAGCUUUCAUUUGGUAUAUAAUAGAGCUCCAUAGCCUCUCCUGGUCUGGAGAUAUGACGUAUUUGCAUGUGAAUUACAUCCCUGGAGUUCAAAUUACACAACUGAGAAAACAGGCUUUGAAAUGGCUGGCUUUGUAGUAGAUCAACAGAACGAUGCACACAAAAGGGUUGUGUUUUCUACUUUGUUCAUCAAAAUCGACAUUUCUGUGAAUGAACCCUGAAACUGUAUGUAUUAAAGAUGUUGUUUAUGACAAAAAAUGAAAAUCACAUUUUGAUGAAAUCUUCACCCUCUCAACGUUGAGCGGGCCAUUACAAAAUAAUGCAUGGCGUGACUUAAUACCCUUUUUUGUGAUGCCGGUCACAUUUAGAAACUAAGAAAACAAACAAGAAUUCCCCCACCCCCUAAAAAAAGAUUGGUAAACAUUUCAACCCUAACAGGAUCA